UAUGAUCCCAUGAUUGCUUCACUCUCGUGUGAAGGAGUCAGAUAAGCCAAAAGAGUGUGUGAGAGAGAAUAUAGAGGCCGAGACGAUGCCUCUGUAUCGAAGUCAUCCUCGCAAUUAUAGCGAAGCCGAAAUAUCGGGAUCUUCUCUGAUCGUCACUCUGCGAGGACGUGGUAGGACAACUACAGCAGCGCGAUGGACGCUCCGGACGUGUACACCAAUACGGAUGAGGAUUAUCUCGCUGGCACUAGAAAGCGAUCUAGACCUGGUACCGAUCCAUCUGAUAAACAUUAUGAGCAAGUAACCGAUGGUGCUGGUCGUAAAGUCUCCAAUAAACCGCCGAACAAGCCAUUCCUCAAAGCUAAGGCUCAACGUGAAGCUCAUGCUGCACGAGUCGCAGAUGACGCGAAGCGUCGAGCUGGACAAAAUCCAUCUAGCAUCCCUUGGGGCACUAUCAUGCUCGUCUUCAUGUUCCUCCCGCUACUUUCUCAGUUCUCGACCGGCUCUUGGACAUUCAACCUCUCGCCUCAUAUCGUCCCUCCGAUACAAAAGUACUGGAAGACGAGUCCCUUUAAUCCGAACAAGAUCAAGUUGAGGCAGUUCACGCCGGAGAGACUCGCAAGACAUGAUGGAUCAAAUCCGAACCUGCCUCUGUAUCUCGCCAUUGACGGACAAGUCUUUGACGUUUCGUCAAAUCGGAGGGUUUACGGACCAGGUGGAAGCUAUAAUUUCAUGACGGGCAAGGAUGCCAGUAGGGCCUUUAUAACAGGCUGCUUCGAAACGCAUCAGACUCAUGAUCUGAGAGGCUUAUCAGUAGAAGAGCUCAAGGCUUUGGAUCACUGGAAAUCGUUCUUUGCGGACCACAAGUCAUACGCGCUAGUCGGACACGUUCUCAACCCCGACAUCGAUCCCUCGACACCGAUUCCACCACCUUGCGAUCAAGACGAACAACCUGGAGGAACUGCACCAGGCUCAUCCCAUGCGGGUCCACAUGGACCGCAGGUCCGACCGGCUCCAGCACAGUCACCUGUCGAGGCCAGACCACAGGCUAAAGGCAAGGCAAAGGGAGAGCUGUAAAGACUACGGGCCAUGAAUGCUAUGCAAUGCAUGGAUCUUGCGAUGCGGCUCUAUAACUCUGCCUUGACGGAUAC